AGUUUGGAACAUAAAAAACAUUAUUAAGAAUAAUAUGUUUGUUAAUAUGAACAAUUCCAAAAUUAUGGAUAGCAAUGGUUUCUCCAUUAGGAAAAACAACAUUUGGAGGAAAAUAAGAAUUGCUAAAAGAGUAAAACAAUGAAGAAUCAUGGCGUAUGUGGUGAGUAGCACCACUAUCAACAACCCAAUAAGCAUCAGAACUUAAAGAAGGGUUACCAAAAAAGUUUGAAGUAGCUUGUGCAGAAGUGGUUUCAUCUUGGUGAGUCUCUAUGACCCGAUUGGGUUUAGCCCAAGGAGCAUUGCUCUGAAGUUGUUGACUGAGUAAGAAAAUGAGUUGCUGGCAGCGAUUGUUCAAAAGGUUGGUUUGUCCGAAGGGGCAGAAUGAAUCUGACUUGUGCUUGCGUGAUUGGCAGCAAAGUUGGAUUUAUCAGAUUUCUUUUUGCCACCAUAACCAGGAGGGAAUCCAUGUAAAAAGAAACACUUGCCCACUAAGUGCCCUGGUUUGUUGCAAUGAGAGCAAGUGGGUCUUGGUUUCUUGUUUCUUGAGGGAUAUGGUGGAUUGGAGACAGCCGAAGCAAGACUUAUGGUUUGUGAAGAACCAAGGGUUCUCAGUCUUUCUUCUUGAACAACCAUUGCAAAAACCUUGGAAAGAGAUGGAAGAGGAUCAAGGAGAAGGAUUUGUGCCUGGAUCAAGUUGUAGCCUUCAUUUAGGUCUGUCAAGAAUUGGAGAACUUGUUCUUGGUUGAAGUAAUCACUGAAUUUCUUCAAAGCACCACAAUAACAGUGAGGAGCUGGUGGAAUUCCUUCAAUUCAUCCCACAUGGAUUUGAGUUUGGUGAAGUAAGAUGUGACCGAGUGAUCACCCUGAUGAAGACCUUGAAGAUUGGUCUUCAAUUGGAAAAUUCUGAGUCCAUUCCCUUGGUUGAAACGAUCAGCAAGGUCACUUCACAUAUCAGAGGCAAGAUCAAAGAACACGAUGCUUUGAGCAAUGUUGGAAGAGUCCGAGUGUAGCAGCUAGGACAUGACCAUGUUAUUGCACCUGGUCUAAGAACUGAAAAGGGAAUUAGAAGAAUUAGGUUUAGAGAGAGUACCAUCAACAAACACUGUCUUGUUCUUGGUAGCAAGAGCCAUGGAAAUGGCUCUCUUCCAAGACUAAAAGUUAGGGCCAGUGAGGAGUUCAGAAACGAGAAGAAGUCCGGGGUGAUCUCCUGAGCUCAGAAAGUACGAGCUAGAGACAUUUUCGUGAGCUGGUUGAUCGGGUUGCCGGAGAGUUGUGGAGCCGUCUGCCAUGGUCGAUUGGAGAUCACCGUUGACUGGGGGAUCACGAGCAUGGAUGUUGUCAGCAGCUUCUGGGUUGGAAGAGCGAUUUGUGCGCGCCAUUGAUACAGAUCUUUGGAGAAGAAGAUCUUAGAUGUACACCGAUACCAUAUUAGUGCAAGAGCACCGAGAAGAGAGCCAGUGGAGAAUAGAGAAAAAGAACUGAAAAAAUGUCUCUUUAUUAAUCUGAACCUUGCGUAUACAAAAGGGGCUACUGUCAUAUAUAUAUAUAGACAGCUGGUACAACAGAAACUAAAACCCACUUAGGCUAAAACAGAAAUUAGUUAUCACUAACUAAUCAAGAAGCUAAUACAGGGAGAAUGCAAUUUCAACCAAUGUUGGCAAACUGUUGGAGAAGCGGGGAAAAGAGUUUUUGGGAGUAAAGUAUAAGGAUCCCAUUUCAAACUUUUCUGAUUUCCAAGAAUUUUCAGUCACAUACCCUGAGGCAUAUUGGAGAACAAUACUAGAUGAGAUGAACAUUUCCUUUUCAAAGCCUCCAGAAUGUAUUUUGCGUGAGAAUUUUUCUAGAGACGGGAAAAUAUUAAAUCCAGGAGGUGAAUGGCUUCCUGGAGCUUGCAUUAAUCCUGCAAAAAAUUGCUUAAAUAUAAACUUUAAGAGGAGUUUGGAUGAUACAAUGAUAUUAUGGCGUGUUGAAGGAAAAGACGAUUUGCCUGUAAACAAAAUGACACUUGAAGAAUUGCGUUUGGAAGUCUGGUUAGUUGCUUAUGCACUCAAAGAACUGGAUUUGGAGAGAGGAUCUGCAAUUGCAAUUGAUAUGCCAAUGAAUGUCCAUUCUGUGGUUAUCUAUCUAGCUAUUGUUCUGGCUGGCUAUGUAGUUGUAUCUAUUGCUGAUAGUUUCGCUGCUCCCGAAAUAUCAGCAAGACUUAAAAUAUCAAGAGCGAAAGCCAUAUUUACACAGGAUCUGAUUGUCCGUGGAGAAAAAACUAUACCAUUGUAUAGUAGAAUUGUGGAAGCUCAGUCUCCAAUGGCCAUUGUUAUUCCUAGCAAGGGCUCUAGUGUUAGUGCAGAAUUGCGUCAUGGUGAUGUUUCUUGGCAUGACUUUCUAAAAAGAGCAAAUGAUUUCAAAAAAUGUGAAUUUGCUGCUGUAGAGCAACCAAUUGACGCAUAUACAAAUAUCCUCUUCUCAUCUGGAACUACAGGGGAACCAAAGGCAAUUCCAUGGACCCAGGCCACUCCUCUUAAAGCAGCUGCAGAUGCAUGGUGCCACAUGGACAUUCAGAAAGGUGAUGUUGUUGCUUGGCCCACUAAUCUGGGUUGGAUGAUGGGCCCUUGGCUGGUGUAUGCUUCACUGUUAAAUGGAGCUUCUAUUGCCCUGUAUAGUGGAUCUCCGCUUGGAUCUGGUUUUGCCAAGUUUGUACAGGAUGCUAAAGUAACAAUGCUAGGUGUGAUCCCAAGUAUUGUCCGGACAUGGAAAUCUACAAAUUGUGUUACUGGCUAUGAUUGGUCCACCAUUCGUUGCUUUAGCUCUACCGGGGAAGCAUCUAAUAUAGAUGAAUACUUGUGGCUGAUGGGGAGAGCGCACUACAAGCCUGUAAUUGAAUAUUGUGGAGGCACUGAAAUUGGCGGGGGAUUUGUUACUGGGUCCUUAUUACAGGCCCAGUCAUUAGCUGCUUUUAGCACACCAGCGAUGGGCUGCAGUUUGUUCAUACUUGGCAGUGAUGGUUAUCCCAUUCCUAGAAACAAACCAGGGAUUGGUGAAUUAGCACUUGGUCCUAUCAUGUUUGGAGCUUCCAAGACAUUGCUGAAUGCUGAUCACUAUGAUGUCUAUUUCAAGGGAAUGCCAUCUUUAAAUGGAAAGGUUUUAAGGAGGCACGGGGACAUGUUUGAGCUUACAUCCAAAGGUUACUAUCAUGCACAUGGUCGUGCAGAUGAUACAAUGAAUCUUGGAGGCAUCAAGGUGAGUUCUGUCGAGAUUGAACGAAUCUGUAAUGAAGCUGACGACAAAGUCCUCGAAACAGCUGCCAUUGGGGUGCCGCCUCUUUCUGGUGGACCUGAGCAGUUGGUUAUUGCUGUUGUAUUAAAAAAUUCAGACAACACAGCAGCGGACUUGAAUCAAUUAAAGCUGUCUUUCAACUCAGCUGUGCAGAAGAAACUAAAUCCUCUAUUCAGGGUCUCUCGUGUUGUGCUCCUCUCGUCACUUCCGAGAACGGCAACUAAUAAAGUGAUGAGAAGGAUUUUACGCCAGCAAUUUACUCAGCUUGAUAAAUCUUCUAAGAUAUGAUUUCGAGCAAUUAUUCUAUUCUAUAUAAAGGUGUCAUUCCUCUCUCAGAAUGUAUAAAUAGUAACAAAUCAUUACUUAAUGUAGUGUUUGCUUUUACUCUAAAAGAAAACGGUUGAAUAAUGCCUCUGUGUGAUCCAAAGUUCAAGUAAUCUUGUUAAUUUUCCUGCAUAGGCACAAUAAUCGAAACAUGAGAUAAUUUUCUCAUUUUCUUUCGA